CGCUCAGCUCUUCCCUCUCCAGCUGCGUCCCGGUCCGCGCCGCCCGGGGUGCCCGGGAGCGAUGGGGUCGCUGCUGGCGCUCUUCCUUCUCCUAGGCUGGCUGCGCUGGAGCCCGGCGGGCGCCCAGCAGUCGGGAGAGUACUGCCACGGCUGGGUGGACGUGCAGGGCAACUACCACGAGGGCUUCCAGUGCCCGGAGGACUUCGACACGCUGGACGCCACCAUCUGCUGUGGCUCCUGUGCGCUGCGCUACUGCUGCGCCGCGGCCGACGCCAGGCUGGAGCAGGGCGGCUGCACCAACGACCGCGGCGAGCUGGAGCACCCGGGCAUCACCGCGCAGCCUGUCUACGUUCCCUUCCUGAUCGUCGGCUCCAUCUUCAUCGCCUUCAUCAUCCUGGGCUCUUUAGUGGCUAUUUAUUGCUGCACCUGCUUAAGACCCAAGGAGCCCUCACAGCAGCCAAUCCGCUUCUCACUCCGAAGUUAUCAGACAGAGACCCUGCCCAUGAUCUUGACCUCCACGAACCUCAGGGCGCCUUCCAGGCAGUCCAGCACGGCCACCAGCUCCAGCUCCACAGGGGGCUCCAUCCGCAGGUUCUCCUUUGCCAGGGCAGAGCCAGGCUGCCUGGUGCCCUCACCACCCCCGCCUUACACUACUGGCCACCCAAUUCAUCUGACCCAGCCAUCAGGUUUCCUGGUGUCACCCCAGUAUUUUGCUUACCCCCUCCAGCAGGAGCCCCCUCUACCAGGGAAGAGUUGUCCAGACUUCAGUUCCAGUUGACAGGCCACAGCCAUGAUCCAUGUAGUAUAAUGGCAGAUGAGUGGAGCUCUGCUGUCAUUGUCAUGAGCAGUUCUAAGGAAAUUUCCCCUGAACCUAGCGACGUCAUGGAGGAAAGUUCUGGGAAUAUCCAGAACUUCACAGUUAGAGUAUAACAUUCCCACCUCUGAUCACAGAAUGGCCAUGUUGGAUAAUUUCUUUCUGGCUUUGAAAACAUGGUUGCCAUUAUAUUUCAAUUUAUGCUACUUUUAUUCAAAAUAUGCAGCAGUUCAACUUUAAAAUUGCAGAUCGACUGACAGUGUUCAGGAGAACUCCAUUAUACCUUAGAAAAGGGCUACCUAUUCUUUUUUUCAUUAUAAGUUGUUUAGUGAUUUAUAAUGCAAGUAUAUACAUAAGUAAGCAAAGAAAAAUACCUGAUGAUAAUCAUAGAAGGUUCACUUAAAAAAUUAACUACUAAGUAAGCUAAGAGGACAACUUAUUUAUGAUUUUGGGAAUAACCUACCCAUGAAUAAUAUUAGCACCAUGAAAACUAUUAUUUUUUAAAUUAAUAAAUUUUGUUUAAAAUAUAAGAACCUUUUUAGAAUACAAGACUUCAAUAACCACAUGAGGAGUUUAAAGUCUUAGAUACUCAUUCAGAUACUCAUUGUCACACAGGUCUUCUAUACAAGCAGUUCUCCACCUACUCAAGGAAAUAUUUAUUGUAGACUUUUUGUUCAGCACCAUUUAGUGUUUAAAUGAAAGUUGGACAGUUGGGUCUUAAACACUUAUUUGUAAAAUGAGUUAUGUACAAAUGUAAAGACUUGUAAUUUAAUCUAUUUACUACAUAGACGGUACUAAUCACUUAAUAGUCACACUGUAAUUUUUCUGUUGAUAGUAACUGUGGAGUUCAAAGUCGCGUUAUGGGUUAUACUCAUCUAAUAUUACAUAUCUUAAGUGUUGCUGAAAUCCAUAUCUGUUGAUUGCAUAAUUGGACAUAGAUCCUGCUGGGUUAGAAUAAAUAAAAUAUUUUAUGUUUUUGUGAAAUCUAUUUGAAAUUUAGAUCAAAGUCCUCCAUUUUAGGAGUAUCAUUAUCUCCUUAAUGAUACUCUUUGCUAUUUAAGAAAAGGAAAUAUCUGUAUGUAACACAUCAUAUUUUGAAAUGAAAGAAAGAAGAUUCUACAUUGAAUUACAUUAAAAUGCUAUUUUCUGCAUCUGGGCUCAUGAAAGCAGCAAAGGAAGUGAAUUUCUGUAGCGAUAUCAGCCUGUGGGGUAUAUACAGACCUCAGAUGUGUCAUUUGGCUUGCUUAGCUCUAGCAAUUAGGACAUUUCAAUAAGAAACUGAAGUUUUGACUGCUUGUAUCACAGAGAUGAUGUGGCACCAAGACUGCCCUGGGGUCAGGACAGCCCCUUUCAGAAAGAAGCCUUAUCCUUGGCCACCUGCCUACCUGGUCCUUCCUCUCAUCCAUCUUAGUGUUGUCAUCUAGCUAACCUCUGCCCUUGCAGGUUUAUAUGAAUUCACAUUAUCACGUGUCACCAUCAACAGCUCUUAUCAGAUGCAACUAGAGGUAAAAUUCUGAGUCUUGCUUC